AUUUUUUUUUAUAAAAAAAAUGUGUUCGAGCUGAGAAAAACAUUAAAAUAAAAUUUAAAUUUUGUUAAAAAAAAUGAUUAUUUAAUAAAUAAUUAAUUAUGUUUGCAUUAGCCGAACUCAAAGAUACAAUUCGUAUUGCUCCGGAUCAGUUUCAUUUAAAGCUUGUCGAAGCGAUUCGUGAUGAAAUCAAUCGUAAACUAGCCAAUAAGGUCCUUUUAAAUGUAGGACUUUGUAUAGCUCUCAAAGAUAUAGUUUCCUUAAAAGAUUCCAUCAUAUUACCCGGCGAUGGUGCUUCUCAUACCGAAGUCAUAUUCCGGUAUAUUGUCUUUCGACCAGCAAUUGGAAAUGUUGUCACCGGCAAAAUAAGAAGUUGUAGUCGCGAAGGAGUUCAUGUUACAUUAGGUUUCUUUGAUGAUAUCCUCAUUCCACCGUCAGCUUUGCAACAUCCUUCGCGGUUCGAAGAAACCGAACAAGCUUGGGUUUGGGAAUAUCCAGUCGAUGAUGGAGAGAAACAUGAUUUGUUUAUGGAUAUUGGAGAACCCAUAAAGUUUCGUGUGUCUGGGGAAGUGUUUGAAGAAAGUUCACCCAUUGGUCCGCCGAAGAAUGAUCAACCCGGAUCAGCGACAACGCAAAUGAAAGAAAUUAAAACACCUUAUAGAAUUAUUGCAGCUAUUAAUGAAUCAGGACUCGGUGUUUUGUCUUGGUGGGCUUCACAAAAUCAAGCUGCCGAAGAAAGCUACGAAGGUGACGAAAAUGAAGAAUAUAAUAAUGAAGACGAUGGUGAUGGAGCGUAUGAAGAGUGAAAUAUGUUUCGUUAUAGAAAUUAUACAAGUUUUUGAAUAUUUUUUUAAAAUUAAAAAUCAAUGUUUUUAUUUAGAUAAAA